AAUUUUUGCAGUGUUCAAAUGGAGGAAGUUAAAAGUUCUAGGCGCUAAUCAUGAUGUCAGCACUAGAAGAGAAAAAUCGUGAAAUUAUCCACUAUGCGAUUAGUCACUCCACAGAGGUCAUCGUCAGUCCAGAGUUUCUUGACUUUUCGCCAGAACUUCUUAAUCAGAUUUUAAGCGCUGAUAACCUCCACAUUGACUGUGAAGUGGAUAUCUUUCAGGCCAUCUUGAGAUGGUACGAACAUGAUAAGAAUGCACGUGCUACAAACCUUCCGUUACUAAUGAGCUCCUUGAGGCUGGAGCAUUUCGAUGGCGCAUUUAUAGACAAAAUUAUGAAACCUCUACCGGGUUGUGAAAAGUUAGCAGAAAAAGCAUUAAAAUUGAUCACAACAUCAAUGAAUACCGGGGGCUAUACAAAAGCGGUAAAUGAACGGAAAUGUUGCGGAUUGUUGAUUUUAAACGAUGUAAAAAAAUUAAAAUACAUCCUUCGCUAUAAUUCAGCGAUGAAGAAAUGGCAAAAAUGCUUCGAACUUAAAUUCAGAGACUAUAGCUAUGGAUUGGUUUACUACGAGAGUAGUCUUUUCUUUAUUGGUGGCCGCGGCCGAGGCGUCCAAAGAAACAAUACCGUUAAACGAUUUAAUAUGGAAACUUUUACGUGGGUGGAAAUGGCAAGCAUGUCCCAGUGUCGUGAUGAUCUGUGUGUUGUGAUGCUAAAUGAAAAGAUUUACGCUUUUGGUGGGCAUGAUGGUGGCGAUCCUUUCAAUACAAUUGAGAUGUAUGUACAUACAUAUCGCUCAGAGACUGUCACANACUGA